GCGGCCGCUGUGUGGACGGAAGGCGCCGGGCGCGCUCGGGGCGCCUGGGCCGCGCACAUCUGGCCGGGGCGCUCCCCCUCCGCCGUCGACCCGCUCCCUCCGGCUCCUCCUCGGCUUUCGCGGAGCCGCGUUUCCGCUUCUGGCGGCGGGGCCGCGGAGCCCGGAGAGGAGGGUGCUGGCCCGGGGCCGGGAGGGCUGCCCCUUCCCCCGCGGGCGCCUUCCUCGCGGACGCCUGGUCCUGCCCCUGCCCGUCUCCCGCGGCGCGUCUGCGGGGAGGAGGCUCCGGCGCCGGGGGAUGCUCUAAGAGGCGGCGGCGCCGAGCGGAGGACCCGGCCAGCGCCCUCCGGACCCGGGCGAGGGCCCGACGGGAAGAUGGGCUCCCGCGGACUGAGGCUGCGGUGCUGCCUGCUGCUGGCCUUCGCCUGCGGCCCCGUGCUGGGCCGUGUACCCCGUGACCAGCAGGAACAGGAGGGGACCCAGGGAGGUGCCAAGGAGGAGGGGACCCAGGAGCCGCCGCUGGGCCAGGCUGAGAGGGCUGAAGAAAGGCAUGAAAGGAAAUAUCACUCCGGCCAGGAUGGGGAGCUUCCUGCCUCCCGAUGCUUUCGCUGCUGUGACCCGGGGGCCCCCCUGUACCGGCCGGUCCAAAUGCCGCAGAUCAACAUCACCAUCCUGAAAGGGGAGAAGGGUGACAGGGGAGAUCGCGGCCUCCAAGGGAAAUACGGCAAAACGGGGUCAGCGGGCGCCAGGGGCCACAGCGGACCCAAGGGGCAGAAGGGCUCCAUGGGGGCCCCCGGGGACCGCUGCAAGAACCACUACGCGGCCUUCUCGGUGGGCCGGAAGAAGCCGCUUCACAGCAACGACUACUACCAGACCGUGAUCUUCGACACAGAGUUCGUGAACCUCUACAGCCACUUCAACAUGUUCACCGGCAGGUUCUACUGCUACGUGCCCGGCAUCUACUUCUUCAGCCUCAACGUGCACACCUGGAACCAGAAGGAGACGUACCUGCACAUCAUGAGGAACGGGGCGGAGGUGGUGAUCCUGUACGCCCAGGUGAGCGACCGCAGCAUCAUGCAGAGCCAGAGCCUGAUGCUGGAGCUGCAGGAGCAGGACGAGGUGUGGGUGCGGCUCUUCAAGGGCGAGCGGGAGAACGCCAUCUUCAGCGACGAGUUCGACACCUACAUCACCUUCAGCGGCUACCUGGUGAAGCCCGCCGCUGAGCCCUAGCCGGCCCGGCCUCCUGCCCCCCUGCCCGCCCGUCUGACCCACCAGCAGCACCCCCGACGUGUCCAGCCCCCGGCUGACCCUGUCCAGCCCUGACCGGCAGUCCCCUUGGCCUCUGCACCCCCUGCUUUGGCAUCCGAGACACUUCAUGGGGUGAGGAGCCAGUGCUGCUCGGGGGUCCCAGCCCUCACCGUCUCGGUGCAGAGCUGCCCACGGUGGGUGAAGUCACCCCAGUGGGUGCGGGGGCCCUCUGGCUCCCCUCUGCAGGCACGGCCUUAGGGGACCCCCAGGCUGCACGUUGACCGCGGAGGGGUGUCCCGAGACAUCCUCCCCCUACCCCCUGGAAAGAAUGAAGCAAAUUCCAAAAGUUUCAAAAGGAACAAAGAAAACCGUGGAGGGGAAAUGAAAGCGCCGUCGUUUUUGCCUUCCGUCAAGCCACGUUGGCUCUCCGGGAAGAGCUGUUUCCGCCUGAGGUUGUCCAACACUCCCCGCGGGGAAGAUCUUCAGCAGAAGCCAGGGUGAUGGGGAAGGGGGCUGGGGUGUGGGGGAUCCAGGAAGCACAGCCAUGGACAGGCCUUCUUGGGGGGCAGCUGCGUGUCCUGUCGGCACCCCUGGGGCCUCGCCCGGGGUUCAGCUGUUCUGAGUCACAACACAGUGGGGGUUCAGCUCCCCACGUGGCAGCCAAGCCCUCUGUGUCGGCUCCAGGCUGGCAGCAGCAGCCGCUCACCCCAGCCCCCGGCUCCCAGGGACGUGUGGGGAUGGCGGGGCAGUCCUGGAUGCCUGGCAGGCUCUGCUCCCCUCCUCGAUGCCACCCCGGGGCCCCCAAGCCCCAGCUAGGAUUGCCCUAACAAUGGCUUUCUGCUCUUCCUCCCAGACGGGUCAGCAUGGAAGGCUCCGGGGCCUUCUCUUUCCAGUCACCUUCACGGUCAUGGAGUGUUUUAUGUUGAACCCCCUCCCAGACCAUCUCGGGGCCCCAUUUCCUGGCGGGUUUCUCAGCCCUGGCUCAGCACCCCUUCUGUUGGUUUCCGGCCCCCCACCCAUCCACCCUUACGCCAAGGCCUUUGAACGGCAGCUCACCAGGGUCCAGGAGGGGCUGGAGGGUGCCGCUGCUGCCAGCCUCCAGCACUGCUGGGUCAGGGUCGAAAGGGAAACGCAUGCCCAGAUAACCAGGGUCAGCUCACACGCUCAGGAGGGGGUGUUGGGGACCCCCGAGCCAGGAAGCGGGGCCGUGGCCGACUUGUGGACGCUGGCCUGUCACUGAUCCCCGUCUGCCCCAGCAGCAGGCAGCCCUGGGACAGGGUCUCUGAUCUCGGGGAACCAUGCCAGCCCUUCCCCCACCGUGCCCCAUGCUCACGCCCAGGGCCUGGGGCUUGCUGGCUACCAGCUUUGGCCCCUGAACCCCACCAUGGGCCUCCCUUCCUUCCCCUGGUGACCCCUUGGUCCUCUCCAAUCCCUUUCCCCACGCCGGGUUUUGGGGUGCCGAUGGCUGGGCCUGGGGUUCAUACGUCCCUGCCUUUGGAAGGACUCCCAUUGGGCAGCCCCGAAAGUGUCCGUGGGCCGGGCAGGGCUAGGCAGGGGGAGCGGGCUCCUCACCUGUGCUUCGUGCUCCCUUCAGAAACCAUUAAACGCAGCGCUGCGUCUUCAGCAUACCGA